AUGCCAAUUUUUUUUCAAAAAAUUCAAACAAAGUUACAACAUAGUCUGAAAAAUCCACAUUUUAAAUAUGGAUUACCUUUUUUAUCAUUUGUUUUUAUAGGAUGGUAUAUUUUACAAAACACACAAGCUUGUCGAUUUGAUUUAUCUAAUCAGGGAAGUCUUACUCGGAAAGAAUUACAAGCUCAUGGUUUUAAUGUACCUGAUAGUAUCGCUCCAAUCGAAGAAGUUUAUGAAGAAAUGAAAGAUGUAGCAAAGAAGGAUUGGGAAAACAUUAGACUGAUCUGUUCAGUUCAAAAAUAUCACUGGGGAAGCAAAGGUAAUGAAAGCCUUGUAGGAAAAUUUGCAGAAGCUAAUUCAAAUUUGAAAAUAAAUUCAGAUGAAUCAUAUGCUGAAUUUUGGAUGGGAACUCAUCCAAGUGGACCAUCUUAUUUAAAAAACAACAAUUUGGAACUAUCUGCAUAUUUAUCUAGUAACCCAGAGGCAUUAGGAACAGAAGUUAUAAGUAAAUUUGGAAAAAAUUUACCUUUUUUAUUUAAAAUCUUGUCUGUUGACAAACCUUUAUCAAUUCAAGCUCAUCCAACCAAAUCUUUAGCUGAAAAGCUUUUUAUUCAAAAUCCUGACCUUUAUAAAGAUAGCAAUCAUAAGCCAGAAAUAGCAAUAGCUGUUUCAAAAUUUGAAGCUCUUUGUGGAUUUAGACCGAAAGUAGAAAUUCAAAAAUUUCUUAAGGAAAUAGAUGAAUUUCAUUUAUUAAUUGAAAAAGAUAAACUUUUUGAAUUCUUAAAUACCCCAAACGAUGAUAACUUUAAGGAAUGUUUCAAAUCGUUAAUGAGCAAUCAAGAUAAUGUAGUUGCAAAAGCUACAGAAAGUCUUAUUCAAAGACUGGAAAAAUUAAAUGACAAAGAAAUUUAUCUUUAUAGUUUAGUCCGGAGAAUUCACUCAUCAUUUCCAAAUGAUGUUGGCAUAUUUUGUGUUUAUUGGCUUAAUUAUUUGGUUCUCUCCCCUGGGGAAGCAUUAUACCUAGCUCCCAAUGAGCCUCAUGCAUAUUUAAAGGGGAACUGCAUAGAAUGUAUGUCUAAUUCAGAUAAUGUAGUUAGAGCGGGAUUAACACCAAAAUUUCGAGAUGUUCAAACUUUAUGUAAAAUGUUAACAUAUAAAAAUUAUUUACCUCAAGAAAUUUUAUUUUCACCACUCGUAGAAGAUGACUACACUUUAUUGUACUCCCCUCCUAUAGAUGAUUUUGCUGUUGCUAAAGUAACAUUACCAGAAAAUUGCCAGUAUACAUUGAAAACUAGACAAAGUGCUUCAAUACUUCUACCACUUUAG